AUGCCAUCCGUUUGGAGCAAAGUAUUGAUGCCUGAGUGGGCUCUGCCUUACAAUUGCUAUGAGAUCGGUAAAUUUUACUACACCUUAUGCUCGUAUUUACCGGUUUUUAUAAGCAGUCUAUUGGCUAUACUGAUAGAGAAGCGGUCGAGAAGGGGUGCGUUAGCCGUCUAUUGCGCUAACAUUGCCUCCGAAACCGUUUACCGAAUGCUUAUUAAUAGACAUAUUGUGAAACCUAUUGCCAGAGGAGAAGUCCUUAUAUUCACGUAUGGUUAUGGUAGAGAUCCGGUCUGUGUUGGUCUCAAAGUCAUGUUAGGUCGCGAAAAUUAUUUUAUGGUCAACUUUGCCAUCGGUUGGACGGCACAGGUGUUGAUGAAUACGCUUAUGAGACCAAAGAGAUUGAUUACAUCGCCAAAGACUGUCAUAAUAAGUGGUCUAACGGACAGUAAUAAUGUAUAUUUCGGUCUAUUUUUGGGCUCGUUUUCGGCUGUAUUUAAAUCAGUGAAUUGUCUGCUCAGGAGAUUCACAAACACAUCCCAAGACUGGCAUUCAUUGGUGGCCGCCCUCUGCGCCGGGUAUAAGGACCAGACCAUAAUGCUUUUAUACGCCAUGUCAACCGCACAGUUGGCCUACGUAACCAUUAUGGAGCCCCGGGCUAUGCGACCCUCGUAUCUAAAAUUUAUUGACAAAAUAACUGGUCAUAAAAUGAGCUCAUUUAACAGAACAGUGCUGGACGUGUUUGGGACGGGUUCCUCACUGGGCUAUGAGCACAACGUGUUUCCCAAUUUGUGUCCAAACCAUACGACCCGACAGUUUAAGGAGAAUGUAAUCAAUUGGAUUAUUUCCUAGAUUUUAAGUCCAUAUUUAACUUUCAC